AUGGCGACCACACAGCAGAACAAGGACCAGUACAGCACUUCUGAAAUUGAACUCAGUUUCGCCAACAGUAAGGAACGAAUACGUCAUGAGUCGCGGAUCAGUACCGAUGCACCUCAGCUGGAACUCCUUCACCACAACGAGCGAGAUGCUGCCAACUCAGACGAUCGCAGCUCACGCGAGAGAGUACCGAGUACUGCUUUAAACGAUGAGCUACCGAACGCUCCUCUGCUUGAGAAGCAAUCUGACCUCUCUCUCGGCUGGCCGACAUCACCGCGACCCGUCAAGAACUCCUUCAACUUUCCUGAAAAUGCGGAAUUUCUCUACGUCGUGCCUAGCCCGUGGCUGUGGCUGCCUGAUUACGAAUUGUUCAAGCCCACCUUGGACAGCUCUUACCUCGCUGCCCUCAUGAGUCAGACUACUACACAAGGCUCUCAACGCGAUACCUGGGGUCACGUCAAGGUACCUCGGAUCGAGCAUUACGAAAGCACAUCCCCUCUCGGGGAUGGAGGCUGGUACAGUACAGAAAACAGCACUCUGGAAUCUUACUCUUCGUUCAUUGGUGUUCCCAUAAGUGGAAUGAAUUCACCGGAGUUCAUUGACUACUCCACCACGAUCCAGGCGAAGUACUUUCAUCUGGAAUGUGAUCGAUUCCUCGAUGAUUCCGACGAUUGGGCAGCCCAGCAUAAAUUCAACAACGUAAGGUGGCUAGGGGACUUGUAUUGGAACGAGAAUGUCACCCAACGCGCCGAGAUCCCUCCUGGUCAAGUUGAGCCUUUCGCUUUCGCGAUUCAGACGGCACGUCGCAACUUGAAGUGUACGAUUGAAACGACGUACGUGGAGGUUGAAGUCGCAUGCUCUACAUACGAUGCCUGUGCUGCGGUUCGUAUUCGACGCUCUCGCCUCGCACACCCACCGGCAGCACACACCCUAUUGGGUCCACUGAUAGGAUUCAAGAACACACCUUGGGAAUAUUCACUCACAGCUAUGUACGUUGGAGCUGAACCAAUUGACGCUUUCCGCGGGGAUGACGAGGACUCCGUGGCUAACGGUUCUGCUGAAUGGGGCAUGACAAUCUUCUCCCGAAGAUAUCUCGACGACCCCGAGUACAUCUUAGGAGUGGAGGAUGGGACUUCCUUGGUGGCUGAUGAUGCGUCUUUGAUCACACAUCUCAGUCAGGUACUGAAUGCACAUUGGGCGACAAUGAACGGCAAACGCUCGCUCAUGGGGAAUUUUGACAUAUUCACCUCUCGACCGAAUGUGAAUCUUUCUUGGUACCAUCAAGAUCAAGAUGAUAUCCAGAACAUGGACGCCAGAGCUCAAAACCACGCGUUCAUCUUAGCAAGAACAUGGCUGACUACAGGAACAAGACGCAGUAACGUCGAGGUCUUCAAAGCGCACUUCGGCUGGGUCAUUGCGCUUAUCGUCUCGUCGACCGUGCUCAUCGUAGCGAGUCUGGUGCCGUUCUACCUCCGCACCUUUCUCCCGCAUGGCCCAGACGUGCUCAUGAACUUCUCGAGUCUGGCUGCGAGAGAUAAUCCUUAUGUAGCUAUACCGGGGACGGGGACAUAUCUCGAUGCAGCUGAUCGAUCGCGGUUGCUGAAGGAUGUGCGCAUACGUUUUGGAGAUGUCGAAGAGGGCGGUGAGAUCGGGAGGUUGGCGAUUGGACGGGCGGACGGGGAUGUUGCGCCGUUGAGGAAGGGGAGGAAGUAUGCGUAA